UACCGGGAGUUGCUCACACCAAGUUCUGCUCGGCUGCAAAGCGAAACUACUACAGCGGCAACAAAAUGGCAAGUUCAGCCUCUUUAGACACGGUGAUGUCCUGCGGGAGGACUGCGCCGUCCGCGGCUCCCAAAACGCUGGCUUUCUCCAUCGACUGGAUCAUGUCCAAGAGCUCGGAGCCGAAAGGGAACGCGGAGGAACGUCCAGAGGGGAAAAAACUGCUAGGGCUCUGCUCCCCAAUCCCCUGCAUGAUCCCGCUACAGCCCUUCAGCUACGACCUCCAAGCCAAGGCGCUGAUGAGCUAUUCGGAGCUGUGGAGAGCCAGUUUUAGGGGAACUUUGUGCGGGUCGCCAGCCGCUCCGUGCAAAGGAAACUGCGGGUUGUGCGGCAAAGCGGAUCCGAGCCUGAAGCAGCCGCUGCUGACGUCAGGGAGCAGGGUGGUAAAACCUCAGGUCCUGAACCAGGCCGUGGCCGUGCCUAGCAGUGGCUCGCUCUACUAUUUCAAUUACCUGGAUUCUGCGUACCAGCAGUCGGAGCUGCUGGCCGGACACUGGCUCUCCAGCCCGCAGGCCCAGGCUUCUCUGUCGGCGCACCACAGACUUUUGUUGCUGGAGAAUGCCAAACUGGCCGGUGUGGGGACUGACAAACUGCCCACACCUCAAUACCCACACAAGGAACAUCUGCCAGGGCAGCUGGACCAGAUAGUGAAGGAGAGUCAGGGGCUGACAGCUGAGAAAAGCGGCAUAAAGACUCACAGCAAACUCAGCGGCAGCGGCAGUGCGGACGGAAAACCCAAAAAUUUCACCUGCGAAGUGUGUGGAAAGGUUUUUAAUGCGCAUUACAAUCUUACCAGACACAUGCCGGUGCACACGGGGGCCCGGCCCUUCGUGUGUAAGGUGUGCGGUAAAGGAUUCCGGCAGGCCAGCACGCUGUGCAGACACAAGAUCAUUCACACGCAGGAAAAGCCUCACAAAUGCAAUCAGUGUGGAAAAGCGUUCAACAGAAGUUCGACGCUCAACACUCACGUCCGGAUCCACGCAGGGUACAAACCGUUUGUCUGCGAGUUCUGCGGGAAAGGCUUCCACCAGAAAGGAAACUACAAGAACCACAAGCUGACGCACAGCGGGGAGAAACAGUACAAGUGCUCCAUCUGCAAUAAGGCCUUCCACCAGAUCUACAAUCUGACCUUCCACAUGCACACGCACAACGACAAGAAGCCCUUCACCUGCGCCACUUGUGGCAAAGGCUUCUGCCGCAACUUCGACCUGAAGAAGCACAUCAGGAAGCUGCAUGACAAUGGCUUCUCGGCGGCUUCAGAGGUCUCCAGAGAGCUGCAGAGCUGAGCCGCUGCUCGUUUCCUGCUAUGACUUUAUAGCGGGCAUUUUUAAAGGCCCGACAAGGAAGUGAGGGAGUUCAAAAAACUGGACAAGAAUCUUUGAAAAGAAAUGAGGUAAUCGGCUCCCGUCAGUCUCCCAGCAGGAAUGCUACAGGGAACAAAAACAGACAAGAUCCGCACAACGCUGUCGGGAUGUUUUGGGUCCACAUAGAAUUUCUUUCUGCAUUUCCGCAGACUGAAGGAGAAAUGCCCUGUCUCCACGAUGGAACUGUAAAUAAUGAGAAUAUUAAUCAUAAUAAUAAUAAUAACGUGAAUCAUGCAUUGCCAUGUUGUCUAUUUCAUUGAAAAACUGUUCCUGUGAAUAAAUAAGUUAAAUUAUAUUGAAACUGAAUG